AAGCUCGGGUGGAAGGGCAAUCCACUCGUAACUGCCGACCCGUCACGCCUUCCCGCAAUGUACUCGCCGAUCUUUGCGGGCUGUCUGUUCCCGUCGGGCACGACCCUCUCUCUCUCGCACCACAAGGUGUUCUGUGCGGAAGCUGAGUUUGGCUUUGUGAUGGGGUCGCCACUCCCGCCGCGAGAAGAGUGCUACACCCAGGAGGAGGUUUGGGCAGCCGUCCGCUCGUACGAGCCAUGUAUCGAGCUGUGCGGGGCGCGCUUCACCACUGCCACCGCCAAGGCCUCGCCGUACCACCUCCUGGCCGACGCCAUGAACAACGCCGCGGUGAUUCGCGGCAUCCCACUGGUCCCGCCGCCAGCCACGCCACCCGCCGCCGCACUGACGGGCGGCAGCUGUCUCGUGAGGCUGCUCGUGGAUGGGAAAGAGGCGUCGUCGGGCACGGGCGAGGAGAAUCCGGCGGACUCGCCGCUGGGUGCCCUCACCUUCCUCGCGAACGAUCUCAGCCGACGCGGGAAGACGCUCGAGGCUGGACACUUUGUGAUUGCCGGCCAUACCUGCCAGGUCGCCUUCUCUUCGCGGCCAGCGCCCCCGUCGGCGCGCACGCUGUCGCAGGCGCCGGUGUGCGGUGCACGGGUGGUGCCGGAUGCGGCGGUGGAGUUUGGAGCCCACAGCGUCCUCGAGGCAUACCAUGAGGGGUGCGGAACGGUCCGCGCCAUAUUGGUGGACUAGUUUCAUGGCGGGGGGGCCUGCGACUGUCUCAUCGUUGGUCUUGCGAAAAACACGCGUGACCACAUAUAAUUCGCGACAGAGAGAGCAAAACAAAAUAGAGUUGUGUAUUCUAAAAA